AUGUCUCCCUGCUCUCUCCUCCUAUCCGUGCUGCUGGCUGCAGCACUGCAGUGUGAGCAUGCCCAGUGCAGACGUGUACCGUGCUCCGACCGCUGCUGCUCCUUCGUAGAGGGCUUCCCCGUCAGACUGAAGGAGCUCCGCACCGCCUUCUCCACCAUCAGAGAUUACUACGAGGCUAAUGACGAGCUGGAGACAUCCCUGCUGGACGAAGGGAUUCUACACCACUUGAAGAGCCCGGUGGGGUGUCACGCUAUGGACAGCCUCCUGAAGUUCUAUCUCGACACGGUGCUGCCCACCGCCAUGAACAACAGAACACAGAACAACAACGACUUUAAAUCUCCCAUCGACUCCAUCGGAAACAUCUUCCACGAGCUGAAGAAAGAGAUCGUCCAAUGCAGGAACUACUUCUCCUGUAAGAAACCGUUUGACAUCAACGAGUUCAUCUCCUCGUAUGAGAAGAUGCAGGAUAAGGGCCUGUAUAAGGCAAUGGGAGAGCUGGACCUACUCUUCAACUACAUCGAGGAGUACCUGGUCUCUAAGAGACGCAAACACUGACCCCUGACCAAUCAGAGUUAUGUGGCUAAUCCUAACCUCUAAUAACCUCCAAAGCCCAAACAUCUGGGACUGUCUUUUUG